UCAAAAAAUGAAAAAAACACAUUUUUUUUCAAUAAUAGACAGUACUCCAAAAAAUUACUCUCCAAAGUUACUUUAUUAUUAAAUAGACGGUUUCGUAAUUUCUUGUUAGUGUGGUUGUAUGGUACUGUAGGCCUUAGAACACUCUUAGUCGUCAUCACGUUCUGUGAGUAAAUUAUAUUCAUUUCUUGAAGUCAGAUUAGACUUGCUUAUAAAAAAUUAUUUACCAUUUACCAUUCUUUCUGUGUCUAGGCUAUCUUCAUCGAAUCAACAACAAGAAGCAUCUUUAACACCGAUGUUAAAAUAUUUAAUAACCGAUGAAAAUCAAGAUGUUUCGAUAGCAGUCGAACCAAAGAGUGAAAAACACGAUCAGUUAAGAACAACAUCAAUAGGUGCGGAACAUGAGGAUGGUGAAAUUGAUGAAAGUGAAGAUGAAGCUAGUAAUUCUACUCCUUUGCCGAUGGAAAUUGGUAUAGAUGAUAAAAAAAAACGUAAAGUAAUCGUAGAUCAAGUAGAUGAGGAACAAAAACAAGAUAGUGUUUCAAAAAAACAAAAAACAUUGCUUGAUGGAAUAAAUAAACAAGGUCAAGAACAAAAUAUCGACAUUACGAAACAUAUUAGUGGAGAUCCUACACUGACUGGCGUUGAGGAUAAACCAUGGAUGACAUCUGAGUUACGUCAAUUGAUUAAACAACGAAAACGUUUACAAGCACAAAUUUUAGCAGGUGAUACAAAUGUUGAAGUAGAGAAAAAAUUUAAAAAAUUAAGAAAUACAAUAUGUAGAUUGGCAAGAUCAUUAAAAGCUAAGUAUGAAAAAUCCAUCACAAGUCCAAAAUCUCCAUCAAACGUCACUAACGGCAAUCAAUCUUUGACUAGUCUUCCAUCAUCUUUAUCAAAUGGUCAAGCGAACACCAUCACCACAACAACAUCACUAACGUCUCCUACGACAUCUAACACUCAAUCUUCAUCUGAACAAAAUUUACUUCAAUCCUUUUUGGAUCCCGCAAUGGUUAUGAUGAUGUUAAUGUAUCCAACUCUGUAUUCAAGCAUGCAACAACAAUUACUUUCAAAUCCAAACAUUUUAUCUGCUUAUCAAGAAAUGAUUAUGAAGUCAACGCCAGGUAAAGUGGCUAGUGAAACACAAGUUGUACCAGGAACAUCGAUCGACCAAUUAUUGAAACAAACAACAUCGACUUCUAAACCACAAGAGAAUAAACAACUAAUGCAGCAAAUCUUAUUAGGAAGUGGUUUGUCAACGAAUGAGGUGAAAACAGAAAGAAUACUGGGUUCGGCGACAAAACCAAUCAAUCUAAAUGCUUCUGAUACUAUGUCUGCACCAAACACAGAAUUAUUAAGUCUGUUAGAAAACGUAACAAGUACAACUAUUGAUAGUCGAAGAGGACCUCAAACACCUCCGGGUUCACCGCCAAACAAAACAGGAUUUAUUCCACAAAUUGGAAAUAAACCACGAAUAAUGACUACUCCAACUACAUCAUCUAAUAAUCCAUCUAUUCUAAAUGAUUCACCAAAAACUGCAACUCCCGGUGCCUCUGAUCAACAAGAAUUUCAGUUUAAUGCACAAGAUAUGUUAAAUAAUUCAAAACUUUCACCUAAUUUUCAACAACAAAAUCCUAGCCCAGGACAAGUUCAACCUGGUCCGCGUUCACGUGAACGUGGACACCUCAGCCGUCAUAUUCCAUUAACAAGUGAACAAAUGAAAGAAGUAUUGGCACGAGCGAAAAAUUAUGUAACUAGUAAACAAAACGAUGAUGUUCCAUCAACACCACCCAUCUCAAAUAGACGACAUAUACCAUCUGCACAGCAAAAUAUAAAAACACAAAAGGAAACAGCUGCACAACAAGCAGUUGCAGCAGCCAUUGCGGCUGUUCAAUCGCAGAUACCAUCGGCAACAAAUGCACCACCACCCCAUUCAACACAUCCGAUUCGGAUUCAAUUAGAUUAUCAAAAGUCAAAAACUUUGACAUCCGUAAUACCAACGAUAAACAGUACAUCUUCAUCACCACUACCCGUAAAAACCUCACAAUCUCCUGUUCCUCCUAUGGAGCCCAUGUCGUAUCAACCACAACAACAAACUCCCUCACCAUUUUUUCAACAAAAUUGGGCACAACCGCGUACUCCACAACCAAAUUCAUCAUUUUCAUUUACUCCGCCAGCUCAACUAAGAGGACCAUCAAGACCUCCAAUGCAUCCACAACACCAAUAUUCUCAACAACAGCAUCCUCCAUUUGACCCUCAAUUUUUUCGCUAUCCACUUCCAUCUCAACAAAUUACUCCGCCACAUCCGCCUCCAAUUCGACAUCCCAAUAGUUAUAAUCAAAAUCAGUAUUAUCAGCCUCAUCAUCCACAACAAUAUCCUUCACAUCAUUAUCCCCCACCGCGUUAA